CUCCUGUUCUCCGCUACAAUCAAACCCAACAACCCACUUCACUCACAAUCAACUACAAUCGACCGCCCCUCGGAACCAGUAACAGUCCUCUUACCCGGAGCCAACUGCUACACACCUCCCCCAAUCCGGCCGAAACUGCUUGGUGGUUGAUGGACACUUGCUCGUAGAAGCACACACAUAGAACCGCACUUCGACAGCUUAGCUUCUCCUUUCCGCCGUCAUGUCUGGGCUCCAAGAGGGCAUCCGGUCGUUCUGGCACGCGAUGACGUCCAAUGACCGACAUGCCAAUCACGAUUCACCCCAUCGCGCGUUUUCCGGAAACACCCACCAGCCCCUGGCCGGAGGUGUUGGCCGCAACCCGCCGAUGCACUCGGUAGCCUCCCCGAACGGCGACCGUCCCUACCACGACGACGACCCCGCGAACCGUUCUACUACCGCUCUGCAGAACACCAAUGGCUUCUCCCCUCGACUAUCGACUCACGGUGCACCGACUACCCCGUACUCACCGGGUGCACGGUCUGCUGCCGUUACGGGCCCCCCUAAGGAUGGGAUUGCCCUGCAGGAAUUUGGCACUGACGGACAGCCUCCGGCUCCACCGGUGGCUCACUCGUGGGAACGCAUUGAGGUCUGGUCCGAGGAGAGCUAUCCGGAGUUGUUCGACCAGCUGUGCACCCCGGCGUCAGUAAACGAUGUCAACGAGCUCGAGUACAGCCUGGAUUGCUCGCUCCCGUUGGAGGUCCGCGAGUCCCUGCAGAUUCACGAUGGACAGGAGCGUGGCGGAAGGCCGACUGGUGUCAUCUUCAGCGGCAUGCUGAUGGACUGCGAGGAGAUCUUGGAUGAAUGGAAGAACUGGAGGGUUGUCGAGAAGGAGUUCAUGCAGCCGACACCCGGCGUGCAAGGGGAAGCCGGUCCUUCGAGCGCCGCCACCGUGCCGCUCGGCCGCACAGACCUCGCGGCCCGGCAGAAUAGCCAGCCGGAAGGUGCGGUUCAGAAGGUCUAUGCUCACCCUGGCUGGAUCCCGUUAGUGCGUGACUGGGGUGGAAACUACAUCGCGGUUGACCUGGCACCUGGCCCGGCGGGAGUUUGGGGUCAAGUGAUCCUUUUCGGUCGUGACUACGAUACUAAGUUCGUCGUUUCGAGGUCUUGGGCCCACUUCCUGGCGAUGGUUGCGGACGACAUGCAGAGCUCCCACUGGUCGGUAGACGAGGAGAGCGGAGAACUCAAGCUCAAGGACCCUAGGGCCCCGCGGUCCGAGCCUUCGUACAUGGAGAUUCUCAGGGUGAGGAACGAGCGCAAGUAUGGCAGGCGUCGCUCGAUGCGGCCGAAUUCGAGGCCAGGUUCUAACCCUAGCUCCGCUCCGGGUUCCCCGCACCUCACGGCCAUGUCCCCGACCAACGGCUCGAGAGGACUCACCCGGCCCGUCAAGGGACCCAGCACUAUGGACGACAACCACCUCAAGCCCCCCUCGAAGAAAGCGGCGAAGGCUCUGCGAAGUGUCAGCGAGGAACCGACAUCACCGCUUCCUCUCGUCACGGCUCUCGCCAAGGGUAACGCCAGCGGAAACCUGUUGGACGAGGGCAUGGAGGAGAUCAAGAUCUCGGACGACAAGGAAGACGGGAUCACCAAGCUCAAGCGACAGUCUAGCGACUUGAUCCUGCCUUCGCCUGUAGCCGUGGCCAAGCCCGCCAGCAUCGCGGUUUAAAGAGUAGCUCAAUCUCUUUGUCUAGGGAUAGAAAAGGUGUCUUUUUUCCUUCCGUGUUUCUUGCUUUUUGCU